CAGUAACUUAAAACUCCUAUCCGCAUUUUCCAUAGCAAUAUUUUUAUUAUUGCUGAUAAUGGGAUUAUGUCUGUGUUUCUUUUAUCUGAGCUUCGGAACAAUCACACGAAACUUAGUCAUAGAACGGCCACAACGUUUAGUGUGCUAUUAUCAAGACGAUGGUCUCGAACUGAGACUUCUGGAUGUGCCCGGAGAUUUAUGCACCCACAUCAACAUCGGUGUUGCCAGUUUAAAUAACCUGACACUGGCCUUACCACCUAGCCUGCAAAAAGUUCUCCAAGAUGAAUUGCCCAUAUAUCAUGCCGCAAAUCCUCAUGUGAAGAUUCUACUUUGGAUUGGUGGCGCUGACAGUGGCAAGGAAUUUGCCGACAUGGUAAUCAAUCACGCACGUCGCAAAGAAUUCAUACGCUCAUUGAAGGCCGUGAUGCAGAAGUAUAGGGCACUGGACGGAAUCGAUUUGGACUGGGAGUUCCCCAGUGCCUACGAUAAAGAGCGCCAGCAUUUCAGUCAAUUACUCUACGAGAUUCGGCAAGAAUGGAAUCGAGAACAUCGCAGCGAUCGCGUCUUAUCUGUGGCUGUUGCCGCACCUGAAGGCAUUGCUUUCUUUGCCUAUAACAUACGCGAACUAAAUCUAUAUGCGGAUUAUGUGAGCGUCAUGGCCUAUGAUUUCCAUUUCUACACAAAAGAUACGCCAUUCACUGGCCUUAAUGCACCGCUCUAUGCGCGCAAAAACGAGAGCUCCAUAAUGUCCACCUUUAAUAUUAAUUAUACCAUUCAUUGGUGGCUUAGAAAUGGAAUUGAGCCCAAUCGACUAGUGGUUGGACUGCCAACUUACGGACAUUCAUUCACAUUGGUAAAUCCCUUUAAUAAGCGCAUAGGUGCGCCAGCAUUAGGCGUCGGAGAAUGUGGCCUGGGUGGUUUCACGACACAUUCCCAAACUUGCGAUUGCGGAAACCGGUAUCUUAAACCGUUGUACGAAUACGAUGAGGAGACUUGCUCGCCUAUUUUAAGUGCCAAUCAAGAGUGGAUCUCAUAUGAAAACGAAAAAAGCAUUACAUGUAAGGCACAAUUUGCAAAGUCUCUUAAUAUUGGCGGUGUUAUGAUUUAUUCCCUUAAUAGUGACGAUAUUAAAAACUCUUGUAGCUACAUUCCAAAAACUCAUGACAAUAAACCCGUUUUUCCAUUAACGCAAGCUGUAAAAGCUGUCAUAUCCCAAUAACUUGUAGUCUCAUCAAACUUGUAUUAAACUAUAAAUAUAGAUUUAUACAUGGAAUUCUUAUCAACUAAGAUGGUUCCAUUUAAAAUGUACACGCUCAAGCUUUAUUAAAAUGGCUGUUGGGAAACUAAAGACCCUUACGAAUUCGGACUGACACAGUUUCUAAAACCAAUAAAUUUAAGAUUAGAUAUAUAUAUAUAUAUAUGUAUAGAUAUAUAGUACAUGUUUAGCAUAUCUGUAUUUGUAAAUUAUGUAUGUUAAGUAUGUAUAAAUUAAAUUAUCACAAUCGAUCAAUAUAA